AUGAUAACGGAAAACCAGACUCUGCUGACUGAGGUUGUCCUCACAGGACUCACAGAUCAACCCUGGCUACAGGUGCCACUCUUCCUGGUUUUCCUCAUCGUCUACCUCAUCACCAUGGUGGGCAACCUUGGACUGAUCGCUCUCAUCUGGAAGGACCCGCACCUUCAUACUCCCAUGUACUUCUUCCUGGGAAGCUUAGCCUUCGCUGAUGCGUGCACUUCGUCCUCUGUGACCCCCAAGAUGCUUGUCAAUUUUUUAGCUACGGAUCACAAAACACUCUUGUUUGAGUGCUUCACCCAGUUUUAUUUCUUUGGUUCAAGUGCAACGACAGAGUGUUUCCUCCUAUCAGGGAUGGCCUAUGACCGCUAUGUGGCCAUAUGCAACCCUUUGCUUUAUCCAGUGGCGAUGUCUAAUAGCCUCUGUUUGCAAUUUAUACAUGUUUCGUAUAUUGUUGGUUUUCUACAUUCAGCAAUUCAUGUGGGCUUGUUGGUGAGAUUAAAAUUUUGCAAAUCCAACAUCAUACAUUAUUUCUACUGUGAAAUUUUGCAGUUAUUCAAAAUUUCCUGCACUGAUCCUACAGUUAAUGUCCUCCUGGUUUUAAUAUUUUCAGCUUUCAUACAAGGAUUUACUUUUAUGACUAUUAUCAUCUCAUACCUGUAUGUUCUUUUUGCCAUCCUGAAAACGAAGUCUGAGAAGGGCAGACACAAAGCGUUCUCCACCUGCAGUGCCCACCUGCUCUCUGUGUCUUUGUUCUAUGGCACUCUCUUCCUCAUGUAUGUGCGCCCUGGGUCUGGGUCUGGGUCAGGUGAAAAUAGGGAUAAAAUGUAUUCUUUAUUUUACACAAUAAUAAUUCCUUUUCUAAAUCCUUUUAUAUACAGUCUGAGGAACAAAGAGGUAAUAGCUGCCUUGAGAAGAAAAAUGAAAUAA